AUGUCCAAUGCAAAUUUAAGAAAAUGGGUUGGUUUUUGUUUUAUUGCCAUUUAUAUUUUUGUAGGUAUUCCACUGUGGUAUAAGCUAACCACGGUAUAUAGAGCACCACUGCCAGUAAAAUACAUUGAAUCUCUUCAGAAAAACAAAUUCCAAGAUAUUCAUCUAGUAAUACCGGUGUAUGUUAGGUCAGAUACUUACCGGUUUCCCGAUAUUCAUGACGCUAUUCAAGUGCAGGUUAACCAUUUAUUAAAUUCUCAAGAACAACAAAUACCAUGGUCUUUGCAAGUUCUUCCCUAUAAUGAGUCUAUGCAACAGGCAAACAGUGAAGACAACCAAUUUCACGUCGUUACUUUAGUGUUGGAUGAUUUCAUCGGUUACUCAUCUGCUUAUGAUACCAAGGAAACAAUAGUAUAUUACGACGAUGCAGCCGUCUUGAGUAAUGACUUACCGUUUUUCGUUGCACAAACUUUGGUAGAACAUACUUUCCAAUUGGAAUGGACACAUCUGAAUAAAACGCAUGAAAGUGCUACUACGAAUAACAAUGUUGCCAUAUCCUACGAUCCAAAUAUUCAUUUAAGUAUAACUUUGUUAUCAGGAGACGGGAACCCAGUUGCAUGGGAAAUUGAGCCAACUUUAACUGAUUAUUUUUCACCAUUUAGGAAGCUCUUAUCACCAUUAGUGAAUCUUACAGUAGAUUCAUCUAUUGUUUACCAUAAUGAUUUAAAUUUACAUUCGUUAAAUGGUUCAUAUUCGAAUGUUACGUGGUUUGAUCUCUCUCAUACAAUUGACCUUUCUGAACUUUCGUCCAUGACUUAUUAUCCUGAAGAUUCCGCAUUGAAUUUAGCUGUAGUUUUCCCUAGUGCUUCGUCAACUCCCGACGGCUUGGCAUUCAUAAAUGGGACUCGAAUUUCAGACGGUUUAAGUGCACUGGAUUGGAAUAGUUAUCUAGUUCCGCAAUGGGGGGUUAUAAUAAUAAAUAAGAUGCCACUGAAACCAAAUUCUGUUAUUAGUGAAGACUAUUUAGAACCUAUGAUGUAUCGUUUUGCAUCAGAUAUAUUCCAGCUACUGGGAUUGACAGAGGGCUCGCAAGACUUGUUAUCUCCUUAUAUCACUAUUGAUUCAUUUAAAAGGUUGACAACUUUACAGAAUCUAGAUAAAUCCGUCGAAACACUGUGGUCAUUAGUGAAACUAACCCAACAGUUUCAGGGCAUGUCUAUCCCCCAUGAAGUAUCUGAUAAUGUUUUAGAAGCUUUGGACUUAAGAUUCCAAAUUAUUGAUUUACUGAAUGAUCCUGGUAAGGGUGGUGAUAUGGUUUGGAACAAUGCCCUACAUUUAAGUAAUGAAUUGGUCAAACUAUGCGAAACGGCAUUUUUUAAUGGAGAAAUGGUUCAACAAAAUUUCUUCCCGCAAGAGCAUAUGAUUGCUGUAUAUCUACCAUUAUUGGGCCCAAUAUCAGCAGUCAUGUUUUUUGGCUUCUACAACGUAAUGAAGGAAAAAGAUCACAAGAAUGAAAAGAAUGGAAUCGAGAGAGAAGUUACUGAGGAAAAAUUGGAGUUAAAGGAGGCUCAAAAUUUACACGCUAUUGACGGCGAAAAUGAAUUAUGA